CCAUGGCAGCGGUGGCAGUUCUGCGGAAUGAAACGCUGCAAGCUUUUCUCCAGGAUCGCACUCCCAACUCGUCUCCAGAGAACUGUAAGCACUCUCCGCUGGCGCUCCUGGCUGCCACUUGCAACCGGAUCGGACAUCACCCCGGAUCCAACCCCCCAGACUUCCUCCAAGUCCCCUACGACCCCACUCUGGGCUCCCCUUCGCGUUUGUUCCACCCGUGGACUAAUGAGGGGAGCCCCCAGAGCAGCCUGGCCCCCAACUCCACGUUCGGACUAUCCUCCAAGCCUCAGCUGUCUGCGCACAUCCAGACCUCCUUCAGCCACCACGAGCUGCCCCUCACCCCUCCGGCGGACCCCUCCUACCCCUAUGACUUCUCCCCCGUCAAGAUGUUACCUUGCUCCAUGCAGUCCACCUGUCCUCCAACCUACGUCCCGGCUGUCAGCUACGCGGCACCGACCCCCAUUCCGCCCGCCAUGCCGAGCUUUGUGGGCCCCUCCGGACUUGUCCACCAGCAGCAGAGACAGUUGUCCCCGAGCGCUGGGGAGGAGAUUCCGUGGUGGAGCCUCCAGCAGGGGAACCAUCACGUGGGCCACUCAUCCUCGCUGGGUCCCCAUCGCUUCCAGCUGCAGAGGAGCUUGGUUCUGGGACACUCGGACUUUGCGCAGUACCAGACGCAAAUCGCCGCCCUGCUGCACACCAAGUCCCCGCUGGCGACCGCGCGCAGGUGCAGGAGGUGCAGGUGUCCGAACUGCCAGUCCUCCACCUCCAGCGACGAGCCGGGCAAGAAGAAGCAGCACAUCUGCCACAUCCCGGGCUGCGGCAAGGUGUACGGCAAGACGUCGCACCUGAAGGCGCACCUGAGGUGGCACUCCGGGGAGCGGCCGUUCGUGUGCAACUGGCUGUUCUGCGGCAAAAGUUUCACCAGGUCGGACGAGCUGCAGAGACACCUGAGGACUCACACGGGGGAGAAGCGCUUUGUUUGUCCGGACUGCUGCAAGAGGUUCAUGCGGAGUGACCACUUGGCCAAACAUGUCAAAACGCACCAGAACAAACGGAGCAAGUGUCACGAGAAACCGCUGGAUCACGUCAAAAGAGAGGACACGAGGAGUAUGUAACACCCAAAACAUUCAAGUGGAUUCUGAUGCCCAGUCGUUUUUCUGCUCUGUGUAAAUAUAAAGUUUAUUAACAGCGAGUUAAGUUG